ACUUGGACAAUUUUGAGCCUCCAAUAAACAUUUUGUCUACCCAAAAACCAACGCCACACGCCCGCUAAAUUCAUUCCCUUUCCUGGGAAUUCGUGCAGCACCCAGUGUAAUUUGAGCAUUUGGGUACACAAUUCUCACUUCUAUAAUGGCUAUUUCGAGUGGGUUUGCUACCACUUUAUCUGUUGCCAAAAUGGAGACUUUAUUGCUCAAUAAUUCGUCUUCUGCUUCUCUAUCUGCCUCAUCUUCGUCUUUAAGAAUUUCUGUUCCAAAGACUCGAUUGCCCACUCGAAAUGACAAUAAUUACAGACGGAUUUUGACGCAGAGAGGAGGCGUGAGAUGUGAAGUUGGAGCUGAUUCUGUUGUUCAAACUGAUUCUAUUACUGAUUCGGCCAAGCUCUCUAGCUUGUCUGCUCUUGAGCAGCUCAAAACCUCUGCCGCUGAUAGAUAUACUAAGGAAAGGGCGAGUAUUGUGGUUAUUGGGCUUAGUAUUCACACUGCGCCUGUUGAAAUGAGAGAAAAGCUUGCCAUUCCGGAAGCUGAAUGGCCUCGGGCUAUCGGGGAGCUCUGUGGUCUAAAUCAUAUAGAAGAGGCUGCAGUUCUUAGUACCUGCAACAGAAUGGAGAUAUAUGUAGUGGCUCUAUCUCAACAUCGCGGUGUUAAAGAAGUUACCGAUUGGAUGUCAAAGACAAGCGGCAUCUCUGUUUCAGAAAUUUGCCAGCACCAGUUUGUGUUGUACAACAAUGACGCUACACAGCAUCUCUUUGAAGUAUCUGCAGGUCUCGACUCUCUUGUUCUGGGAGAAGGCCAAAUUCUCGCUCAGGUCAAACAAGUUGUGAAAGUCGGGCAAGGAGUUGUUGGCUUUGGAAGGAAUAUUAGCGGCCUGUUUAAACAUGCUAUAUCUGUUGGGAAACGAGUAAGGACCGAGACAAAUAUAGCUUCUGGGGCUGUUUCUGUUAGCUCUGCUGCAGUUGAACUUGCUUUGAUGAAGCUUCCUCAAUCUUCACAUAAUACUGCUAGAAUGUUGGUUGUCGGCGCUGGCAAGAUGGGGAAGCUUGUGAUCAAACACUUGGCGGCAAAGGGUUGUACAACGAUGGUGGUUGUGAACAGAUCCGAGGAAAGAGUAGCUGCUAUAAGAGAGGACAUUAAGGAUAUUGACAUCGUUUACAAACCCCUGGAUGCAAUGCUGACUUGUGCUGCUGAGGCUGAUGUGAUUUUCACUAGCACAGCGUCAGAAACUCCAUUAUUUUUGAAAGAACAUGUUAAAGAUCUUCCCUCCGUUAGUUCAGAGGUUGGGGGUUUGAGAUUAUUUGUAGAUAUCUCCGUUCCAAGGAAUGUUGGCUCAUGUGUGAAUGAUGUUGGAAAUGCACGAGUUUACAAUGUUGAUGAUCUUAAGGAGGUCGUGGCUGCUAAUAAGGAAGACCGCCUUCGUAAAGCGAUGGAAGCUCAAGAAAUUAUUACCGAGGAAUCAAAACAAUUUGAAGCAUGGAGGGAUUCGUUGGAGACGGUUCCUACAAUCAAGAAAUUGAGAGCUUAUGCUGAGAGAAUUAGAGCUGCAGAGCUCGAUAAAUGCAUUUCAAAAAUGGGCGACGAUAUCCCGAAGAAAACAAGAAAAGCCGUGGAUGAUCUUAGCCGUGGUAUAGUUAACAAACUCCUCCAUGGUCCAAUGCAGCACCUGAGAUGCGAUGGGAGCGAUAGCCGAACCCUAAGCGAAACCCUUGAGAAUAUGCAUGCUCUUAACAGAAUGUUCAGUCUCGAGACAGAAGUAGCUGUUUUGGAACAAAAGCUUCGAGCCAAAACCAGCCAGAAGUAAGCUUCAUUAAUGCCUUAAUAAAUACUCACUCAUCCAAAUUAAAUAAGAUUAAAAUAUCAUUGUUCGCAUCCAUUGUAAUCUACAGUUUAUCAGUCAAGUACAGGUCCCUCAAGGGGAUGCUUGAGUUCAUUUAUCUUGUACAAUUCACUCUUCCUAACUUCCAUUUGUUUUCAAUCACAAAAUAUUGUAUGUUUGUCUUAGGAGCCAUUCAUCUUGUAUUAAAGUGAGCCAUUCAUAUUUUAUGUUCA